UCCAUCUAAUCUGCCAAGAUUUAACAAUGGCGGUUAGAUCAAUCAAUUUUUCCGAUAACUAUUUGAUAUUGAAACAACAAGAGGUGAGUCUGGUUGCCCUCGUUCGCAUGUUAUGGCGGUCGGAACUGGAGGAAAUAUCAGCAGUAGAGUACCCGGAAGAGAAUAAGGAGGAGAAUCUGAAACACCGAAGAGUUAUAAUCGAGUCUCUGCUGAUUCAGAAGCUUAUUCAAUCCAUUGCCAAACCCUUGGCAUGGUUUGGCUCAACCUUGGAGACAUGGCUCAACCUCUUGUCUUCCAAUCAAAACUUGCUCAUGCUCUUCCUCAAUGGCUUACGAGGUCAAGUUACUAUACCAGAUAAGGAAUCAAAGAAGUUCUCAUCAUUUAUUGGAAAUUUAGAUCCGCGUGUAAAACUAAAUGAAACCAUUAAAUAUGGAGAUAAUAGAUAUUAUCCAACACUCUGCAUGAUGGCUUCUAAAAUUUCAUAUGAGAAUCAAGCUUUUGUCGAAACAACUAUUAAAAAUUACUGGAAGAUCUUGGAAGGAGAACGGAACAAGAAUGAGCCUUGGCUAUUGGCAACCAUACCGAGGAUGGUGAAUGCCCUAUGGGAGCUAAUUAGAAGCUUCAUCUUACCAUACAAAAAGGGAUCAGAGUAUACAGAAACUUGGCUACUCAGGCUGGUUAGAUUUGUAGGGCUUGCUGUCCCCUGCAUGGCUGAUCAUAAUCCCCAUGAUUAUGUCAACUUAACUCGACUUGGAUCAACCCAUGUAUAUCAACAUAUAUUUUGACUCCAAAUUUGUACAAUAUAUACAUGUAUAAAUAGUGUAACAUCUUUGAUAUGCA